GAGCCCCAUGAGGGCAGGAGAGUGAUGGAGAGUACGCCCAGCUUCCUGAAGGACACCCCAUCUUGGCAGAAGAUAGCCUCUGAGAAUGGCAUCGUGGGACAGGAGCUGGGUACCUCACUGCAGGAUGGCCUGCGCCACGGGGCACUGUGCCUGGAAGAGCCUGCUCCCUUCUGGAGGGGUGUCCUGAGCACCUCGGACUCCUGGCUGCCCCCUGGUUUCCAUCAGGGUUCCAAGGACGCACUCCCACUGGUGGAGGGCGAGGGCCCUCGGAAUGGGGAGAGGAAGGCCAGCUGGCUGGGUAGCAAGGAAGGGCUGCGUUGGAAGGAAGCGAUGCUUGCCCAUCCACUUGCGUUCUGUGGGCCAGCAUGUCCACCUCGCUAUGGCCCUUUGAUUCCUGAGCAAAGUGGUGGCCAUCCCAAGAGUGACCCUGUGGCCUUCCGGCCCUUGCACUGCCCCUUCCUUUUGGAGACCAAGAUCCUGGAGCGAACUCCCUUCUGGAUGCCCACCUGCUUGCCUCCUUACCUGGUGUCUGGUCUGCCCCCAGAGCGUCCCUGUGAUUGGCCCCUGGCCCCAUACCCUUGGGUCUACUCAGCGGGCCAGCCCAAAGUGCCCUCUGCCUUCAACCUAGGCAGCAAGGGCUUUUACCACAAGGAUCCAGGCAGCAUUCUCAGGCUGGCAAAGGAGCCAGCUGCAUCUGUGGAAGCUGGGGUGUUGGGCUUAGCCCCUGGUGGGCCCCUGCAGAGGGCCGGGGAGGUAGAACGUCCUCUGUUCCAACAGAGAGAUGGAGAGACAGGAGCUAGCAAGCAUCAGAAUCUCUGCCCACUCUUCCUGGGGCAUCCAGACACUGCUCCCCGGACCCCCUGGCCCACCUGUCCCCCAGGCCUCGUUCACACACUUGGGAACAUCUGGGGUAUGCCAGGGAGUGGGAGUCUUGGGUACCAACUGGAACCAACAACCACAUCAAGGUGCCCCUCUCCUGGGCCUCCUACCACCCAGGUGGGCUGUUGUUCAACCCACACACCUAACAAAGAUGAGGGUCUUGGCCAUUGUGGCAAGUGCCAAGAGGGCCUGGAAGGGAGCACCAGCGGGGCAAGUGAAUCCAGUGAUGAAGUGAGCAAGGCCCCUGGUCCCCGGGCCUGCCUGCCCAACCAGCACACCAAGCUGAAGAAGACAUGGCUCACACGACACUCGGAACAGUUUGCAUGCCCAGGGGGCUGCCCAGGGGAUGAGGAGAGCACAACUGGCCAGCUCCGGGCCCUCAAGAGGGCAGGCAGCCCUGAGGUCCAGGGAGCAGUGGGCAGCCCAGCCCCCAAGCGUCCACCUGACCCUUUCCCAGGCAGCAUGGGGCAGGGGGCCAGAGGCUGGCAGGAGUUGCUGAACUCAUCAAUAGGGAACAAGGCGGAGGCAGAACGGCCUGAUGACCAGAGAGGAACGGGAGAUGGCAGGGUCAACCUCCAAGAGGAGGAAAUUCAGGACACACCUUGCACAGCCCACCCGGCCGGUGUCUGUCAGUGUCAAAGCUGUGCUCAAGCAGCUGGAGAGGUGGGAGGACUGGCUGGCUGCUCCCAGCACGUGCGGAGAUUGCCUCUACGAGGAGGAGCGGAGCAACCACCAGAGGACGACUCCACAGCCAGCUCUGAGGAGGGCAGAGGGUGGGGCCCAGAAGCCCAGCUCAGCGUGAGCCUCGCCAAGCACCUGCUGAGUGGUUUAGGGGACCGACUGUGCCGCCUGCUGCGGAGGGAGCGGGAGGUCCUGGCCUGGGCACAGCGAGCAGGCCAGGGUCCAGUCACUACAGAGGACGAUGCAAGUGUUCCGCGCAGCUGCAGCCGUUGCCAGCAUGGACUCUUCAACACCCACUGGAGAUGCCCCCGCUGCAGCCAUCGGCUGUGUGUUGCCUGUGGCCGAGUGGUGGGUGCGGGGAGAGCCAGGGAGAAAGCAGGCUCUCGGGAGCAGUCCACAGAGGAGUGUGUCCAGGAGACUGGGCACAGUGCCUGUUCUUUGAUGCUGACCCAAUUUGUCUCUGGCCAGGCUUUGGCAGAACUGAGCACUGCAAUGCACCAGGUCUGGGUCAAGUAUGACAUUAGGGGGCACUGCCCCUGCCAAGCUGAUGCCAGGGUGUGGGCUCCUGGAGAUGGGGGCCAGCAGAAGGAAUCAGCAGAGAAAACUCCCCCUCAACAACCUGCCUGCAAUGGGGAUACCAACAGGACCAAGGACAUCAAAGAGGAGAUCCCAGAUUCCACAGAGAGCCCAGCAGAGGACCGUGCUGGCCGAGGGCCCCUACCUUGUCCCUCUCUCUGCGAACUGCUGGCCUCCACUGCUGUCAAACUCUGUUUGGGGCAUGAGCGGAUACACAUGGCCUUUGCCCCUGUCACUCCGGCCCUGCCCAGCGAUGAUCGUAUCACCAACAUCCUUGACAGCAUCAUUGCACAGGUAGUGGAGCGGAAGAUCCAGGAGAAAGCCUUGGGGCCAGGGCUUCGGGCUGGGCCAGGCCUACGCAAGGGCCUGGGCCUGCCGCUGUCCCCCGUACGGCCCAGGCUGCCUCCCCCUGGGGCUCUGCUGUGGCUUCAGGAGCCUAGGCCUCGACGUGGCUUCCACCUCUUCCAAGAGCACUGGAGACAGGGCCAGCCUGUGUUGGUGUCAGGGAUUCAGAGGACUUUGCGAGGCAAACUUUGGGGGAUGGAAGCUCUGGGGGCACUGGAAGGACAGGUCCAGGCACUAACACCCCUCGGGCCUCCCCAGUCCACAAGCCUGGGCAGCACAGCAUUCUGGGAGGGAUUCUCCCGGACUGAGAUUCGCCCAAAGUCAGAUGAGGGGUCUGUCCUCCUACUGUGCAGAACUCUGGGGAAGGAGGAUGCUGACAGGGUAGAGAACCUGACUGCCAGCCUGCCACUCCCAGAGUACUGCGCCCCUCAUGGGCAGCUCAACCUGGCUUCCUACCUCCCGCCGGGCCCCACCCUGCAUCAACUGGAGCCUCGGCUCUGGGCAGCCUAUGGUGUCAGCCCACACCGUGGACACCUGGGGACCAAGAACCUAUCUGUGGAGGUGACUGACCUGGUCAGUAUCCUGGUAUACGCUGAAGCACCACUGCCAGCCUGGCACCGGGUACAGAAAGACUUCCUCUCAGGCCUGGACGGAGAGGGGCUGUGGUCUCCAGGCAGCCAGGUCAGCACCGUGUGGCACGUGUUCCGAGCACAGGACGCCCAGCGCAUCCGCCGCUUUCUCCAGAUGGUAUGCCCUGCUGGGGCAGGCACCCUGGAGCCCGGGGUCCCUGGCAGCUGCUACCUCGAUGCCGGGCUGCGGAGGCGGCUGCGGGAAGAGUGGGGUGUGAACUGCUGGACCCUUCUCCAAGCACCUGGAGAGGCUGUGCUGGUGCCUGCAGGGGCCCCCCACCAGGUGCAGGGCCUGGUCAAUACUGUCAGUGUCACUCAGCACUUCCUGUCUCCUGAGACAUCAGCCCUCUCAGCUCAGCUCUGCCACCAGGGACCCAGCCUUCCCCCUGACCGACGCCUGCUUUGUGCCCAGAUGGACUGGGCUGUGUUCCAAGCGGUGAAGGUGGCUGUGGGAACAUUACAAGAGGCUAACAGGGGGAUCCCAGGUGUCUAG